AUGUUCUUCAGACGUCCUGUUGUGUUCACUGCAUUUGUCUUCUUCCUCGUCGGUCUGGUGGCCUUGACUUGCGCCAACGCCGACGAGCACUUGAAGAAGUAUGAGGAGCAUUUUGAGGAGUGUGAGGAGCUUUGUGAAAUCCACGGCAAAGAGGAAUGUGAACACGAGGUGGAGAAAUGCCAGUUCUUCGUUCGUGAUUUCCUCUACAACGACUGCAUGAUUGAGGAGAAGAAGUGUGUGGAUGAAGGCGAAACUGACUGUCACAAGCACUUCCUCGAGUGCAUUGAACAUUACGCCAGGGAUUAA